AUCAAACAGUAGGGGGCGGCACACUCUUGGCCUAUGUAGCUGUGCAGCCGGAAGUUGUGUAGCCAUAGUCAUCGUUUUGAAUCUGUGGUUUAGCGAUGCUAAUUGUCAGUGGUUAGCUAGUGUGAGUUAGAGUUCAAAAUCCCAAGAUUUAUUAGCUAUAUGUAUAUUUCCAAGAUGUUGACUAGAUGUUGUGAAGGCAGCAGUGCGUGUGGAACAAUGUAGCUAGCUGCUGUGAAGUAAUGCCAACUCAUUACGACUACGCUCGUUUACUAUGAGCUCCCUAUCAGCCCAGCCUCUGGCAUCAAGCUCAUCAUGCAGGACACUACCUGGAGAGGGAAAUCAGGUACAACCAAAAGCCCCUCUCCUGCAGAUUCUGCGUGUUGCCGGAGCUGAAGAAGAAGUCUUCACACUCAAAGAGGUGAUGCACUACUUGGGCCAGUACAUCAUGGGGAAGCAACUAUAUGACAAACAGAGGCAGCACAUAGUCCACUGCCAGGAUGACCCUUUGGGAGAACUGCUGGAGGUUGAGAGCUUCUCUGUCAAAAACCCGAGCCCGGUGUAUGAAAUGCUCAAGAAAUACUUAGUUGUGCUGGGUUGUUCUGACGCUGCAGAGAAUCUUUCUGUGGGCCGUGAAUGUGUAGAGGGCGGAGUGGAGGAUCGCGGUCAGAUAUGUGGAGGUGUGGUCAAAGCAGGGCUGGAGGCUUGCAAUGAUGGGCCUCUCCUGCAGACCCCCUCCCAGCGACGACCUCGGGAGGCAGACGACGACUCUCUUGAAGGCCUGCCACGUUCAGCUUGCAAACGGCCCAAACUAGAUGUUACUUUGGACGAGUGGGAUCUCUCUGGCCUGCCCUGGUGGUUUCUGGGUAAUCUCCGUAGUAACUACAGCCGCAGGAGCAAUGGCUCUACUGAUAUCCACACAAACCAACUGUCUCCUGCACAGGAGGAGGACACAGCCAUUGUGUCGGACACCACAGAUGACCUCUGGUUCCUGACCGAGGGCGGGAGUGAACAGGUGAGCGUGGAGAUGAAAGAGGCGGCACUGGAGGAAGGGAGUGCAGGAGAAGGGGAGGUUCUACCUGAGGAUGAUGACAAAGUAGGGAAGGAGGAGAAAGCAGAUCGAGAGAUGCAGGAGGAGCCAGAUGAAGACUCGCAGUGUCUGAGCGAUGACACCGAUACAGAGAUCUCAAUACAGGAUGCGUGGCAAUGCACAGAGUGCAGGAAGUAUAACACUCCUCUCCAAAGGUACUGUGUUCGCUGCUGGGCUCUACGCAAGAACUGGUACAAAGAUGUACCCCGACUAGCCCAUUCCCUUUCUGUUCCUGACAUCCCAGCAUGCAGCUCUCUCACCACCCAUGAUGAGGAAGAUGACAGUGACACAGGCAUUGACAUCCCAGACUGCAGCAGGACGGUCUCUGACCCUGUCAUCCUGCCCUCCCACUCCACAGCUGAUCGACCACUGCCCACUAUGAUUACAGGGAAAGGCAAGGGGCCUUGGCCCUCCAGCUUCCACAAGGAUGAGCAGCUCUCAGAAGGGGAAAGUCAGGAAAAUCUGGGCAUGGAGAUUGAAGAGGUUCGGCCUGAGGCACUUUUGGAGCCUUGCAAGCUUUGUCGAGUGCGACCACGCAACGGAAACAUAAUACACGGCCGUACGGCUCACCUGCUAACCUGUUUCCCAUGUGCAAGGAGGCUACACAAAUGUCAGGCCCCCUGCCCAGGAUGUGGGAAGAUCAUUCAAAAAGUUAUUAAGAUCUUCAUCCUUUAAAAAGCGCGCACACACACGUUUGUCAGACUCUGGGGAACUCAACAACAAAUACACAACACACAUUCGUCCACAGAUGCAUGUACUCUGGUACACACUCGCAGACACACACACUCAAAAUGUGCACCUUACCCUUUAAACCUACACAGAUAUACACAAAGUAUAGCACUUGAUGACGCUUGCUCUCGGUUGCAUGGUUAUUCUGCAUCACGCUGCCUCUGAAGUAUUGUUUAAUGAAACCUCUGACACAAAGUUUGUCAUACCAAAUGUUUGUUUUAGUGCCACAUUUAAAUAAGGGAUAUACAAAGGCAGGCGUAUUUAUUUAUUUAUAAGGAGAUCACAUAUGAGUGCACAAUGUGAGCUAUUUGAUUUAAUGAAGGCUUGUUUUUUUUCAGGCUAUGUGUGAAUUUUCUCAUGUUUAUGCUAUGCAUUGAAUGGUGCCAUUUUACACUAGUAUUGCUUGCCUUCUGGUAGUUUUCUUUCCCCAUAGAUUCACGUUAGUCAUCGUCUCGGCGAAAAGGGAAAGAUCAGUGCAGGUAAUUACACAACUAUUUCUUUAAGCAUCUUCUAGGCCAUUUUGUUUGUUUGUUUGUUUGUUUUUAACUCUUUUUAUAUCAUUUUAGGUAAUUGUGGCUCUGAGAUUUGAGUUAUGAAGACAAGAUUGAAGGAAGAACAUGAAAGAGGGUAAUAAAACCAGGAUUUUGUCAACCGCUGCAGCUCCAUGAAAGUAUCCUCCAAAGCUUUAAAAAUAAAAUAAAAAAAACUAGCAUAAUUGAAUGUACUGUAAAAUACAGAUGUGGUGGCUAAAGUCCUGUUUCUCUCAACACAGUAUUUUAAAUGUAGAAUUGAAUUUAAGUUGCUUGAGAAUGCACAUCUGAAAUAUUACCUGUAAUUUUUCUUGGGGUACUAAUUUGAUGUUAAUGUGUAUUCAGUACCGUAUUUACAAGCGUCUGAUGACCGUUAUGCCUGAAGUAAGUUAUGUCAACUGUUGGUUAAUGUUUAAAUGUUAUUCAGAAAGGUUCCUUUACACAAAAAUCAUAAUUAAUUUUUUGUAGAUUUUGUAUUUAAGUUAUUUAUUAUUCAGUUUUAGUUGUUUAAAUGACCACCACCUCUUCUAAUGAAGCAGAAAAAGCUGCACUUGCUGCAGGGGUCUAAUGUGUACAUUUUACGCAAAACUAUUUUUUGAAAGGUAUACAGAAAGUCUUUAAGGAAACAGGGGAAAUGACCACAUGUACCCUCUGAUAAAAGGACUGUGGGGUACAUAUUGGGAGUUGGAGGUUUGAUUUCAGCGUUACACUGCCACGUAAUGACUCUGAACUUUAAUUUAUGUAUUAUUAUAGAUUUUAUUUUGAUGUCUCUGCAUUAUUUGAAGAUUGUGUUGCUGGACCAGUGUUUGAACUGUCUACAAAUACAGUAUGCUUUACAAUCCUAACAAGUAAGAUGUACAGUGACCGUAAGCAUAAAACUCCUGGCUCUGCUUUGCGUAGAGGGAAUACCAUAGUUCCUUGAUAUGGCCUUUACUUGCGCUUAAUUGUUCUGCCAGCAGGUGGGGAGAAGUCUCAAUAUUGUAUCUGUGUCCCACAAUAAGCUGUACAGUAAUAGUAAUACCAUGUAAAGCAUUUAUAGAGCAUGCAUCCUAUUGUGACUAGAGCCAGCACUGAACUGGUAAAAGAGCCAUAUAUAAAAAGCUAUAAAAGAUUUAUAACCUUUUGAAUUGUGCAUUGAGAGAAGCAAACUUCCUCUAGAUGAUAUAAAAAUGACUUAGUACAUAUACCAGUAAUACUAGUUCACAAUGACAGACUUGUUGCAAGCGACAUUAAGACUUUAAUUUGCUCAAACAUUGUACAGCUAAUAUAGUUGUUUGUUUUCUACCUGUUGUGGAAUAAAAUUAGUUGUUUUGUAAA